AUGUCCCCUCACUAUCCUACCUUCAUCUCCCCUCACUAUCCUCUUUCAUCUCCCCUCACUAUCCUCUUUCAUCUCCCCUCACUAUCCUCUUUCAUCUCCCCUCACUAUCCUCUUUCAUCUCCCCUCACUAUCCUCUUUCAUCUCCCCUCACUAUCCUCCUUCAUCUCCCCUCACUAUCCUCUUCCAUCUCCCUCACUAUCCUCUUUCAUCUCCCCUCACUAUCCUCCUUCAUCUCCGCACACUAUCCUCUUCCAUCUCCCCUCACUAUCCUCCUUCAUCUCCCCUCACUAUCCUCUUCCAUCUCCCCUCACUAUCCUCUUUCAUCUCCCUCACUAUCCUCCUUCAUCUCCGCACACUAUCCUCUUCCAUCUCCCCUCACUAUCCUCUUUCAUCUCCCCUCACUAUCCUCUUUCAUCUCCCCUCACUAUCCUCUUCCAUCUCCCCUCACUAUCCUCUUUCAUCUCCCCUCACUAUCCUCUUCCAUCUCCCCUCACUAUCCUCCUUCAUCUUCGCACACUAUCCUCCUUCAUCUCCGCUCACUAUCCUCUUCCAUCUCCCCUCACUAUCCUCCUUCAUCUCCCCUCACUAUCCUCUUUCAUCUCCCCUCACUAUCCUCUUCCAUCUCCCCUCACUAUCCUCUUUCAUCUCCCCUCACUAUCCUCUUUCAUGUCCCCUCACUAUCCUCCUUCAUCUCCCCUCACUAUCCUCUUUCAUCUCCCCUCACUAUCCUCUUUCAUCUCCCCUCACUAUCCUCUUUCAUCUCCCCUCACUAUCCUCUUUCAUCUCCCCUCACUAUCCUCUUUCAUCUCCCCUCACUAUCCUCCUUCAUCUCCCCUCACUAUCCUCUUCCAUCUCCCCUCACUAUCCUCUUCAUCUCCCCUCACUAUCCUCCUUCAUCUCCGCACACUAUCCUCUUCCAUCUCCCCUCACUAUCCUCCUUCAUCUCCCCUCACUAUCCUCUUCCAUCUCCCCUCACUAUCCUCUUUCAUCUCCCCUCACUAUCCUCCUUCAUCUCCGCACACUAUCCUCUUCCAUCUCCCCUCACUAUCCUCUUUCAUCUCCCCUCACUAUCCUCUUUCAUCUCCCCUCACUAUCCUCUUCCAUCUCCCCUCACUAUCCUCUUUCAUCUCCCCUCACUAUCCUCUUCCAUCUCCCCUCACUAUCCUCCUUCAUCUCCGCACACUAUCCUCCUUCAUCUCCGCUCACUAUCCUCUUCCAUCUCCCCUCACUAUCCUCCUUCAUCUCCCUCACUAUCCUCUUUCAUCUCCCUCACUAUCCUCUUUCAUCUCCCCUCACUAUCCUCUUUCAUCUCCCCUCACUAUCCUCCUUCAUCUCCCCUCACUAUCCUCUUCCAUCUCCCCUCACUAUCCUCUUCAUCUCCCUCACUAUCCUCUUCCAUCUCCCUCACUAUCCUCUUCAUCUCCCCUCACUAUCCUCUUCAUCUCCCCUCACUAUCCUCUUCCAUCUCCCCUCACUAUCCUCUUUCAUCUCCCCUCACUAUCCUCUUCAUGUCCCCUCACUAUCCUCCUUCAUCUCCCCUCACUAUCCUCUUUCAUCUCCCCUCACUAUCCUCUUUCAUCUCCCCUCACUAUCCUCUUUCAUCUCCCCUCACUAUCCUCUUUCAUCUCCCCUCACUAUCCUCUUUCAUCUCCCCUCACUAUCCUCUUUCAUCUCCCCUCACUAUCCUCUUUCAUUCCCCUCACUAUCCUCUUCAUCUCCCUCACUAUCCUCUUCAUCUCCCCUCACUAUCCUCCUUCAUCUCCCCUCACUAUCCUCCUUCAUCUCCCCUCACUAUCCUCUUUCAUCUCCCCUCACUAUCCUCUUUCAUCUCCCCUCCCUAUCCUCUUCCAUCUCCCCUCACUAUCCUCUUUCAUCUCCCCUCACUAUCCUCCUUCAUCUCCCCUCACUAUCCUCUUUCAUCUCCCUCACUAUCCUCCUUCAUCUCCCCCCACUAUCCUCUUCCAUCUCCCCUCACUAUCCUCUUUCAUCUCCCCUCACUAUCCUCUUUCAUCUCCCCUCCCUAUCCUCUUCCAUCUCCCCUCACUAUCCUCUUUCAUCUCCCCUCACUAUCCUCCUUCAUCUCCCCUCACUAUCCUCUUUCAUCUCCCCUCACUAUCCUCCUUCAUCUCCCCCCACUAUCCUCUUCCAUCUCCCCUCACUAUCCUCUUUCAUCUCCCCUCACUAUCCUCCUUCAUCUCCGCACACUAUCCUCUUCCAUCUCCCCUCACUAUCCUCCUUCAUCUCCCCUCACUAUCCUCUUCAUCUCCCCUCACUAUCCUCUUUCAUCUCCCCUCACUAUCCUCCUUCAUCUCUGCACACUAUCCUCUUUCAUCUCCCCUCACUAUCCUCUUCCAUCUCCCCUCACUAUCCUCUUUCAUCUCCCCUCACUAUCCUCUUUCAUGUCCCCUCACUAUCCUCCUUCAUCUCCCCUCACUAUCCUCUUUCAUCUCCCCUCACUAUCCUCCUUCAUCUCCCCUCACUAUCCUCUUUCAUCUCCCCUCACUAUCCUCUUCCAUCUCCCCUCACUAUCCUCUUUCAUCUCCCCUCACUAUCCUCUUUCAUCUCCCCUCACUAUCCUCUUUCAUCUCCCCUCACUAUCCUCUUUCAUCUCCCCUCACUAUCCUCCUUCAUCUCCCCUCACUAUCCUCCUUCAUCUCCCCUCACUAUCCUCCUUCAUCUCCCUCACUAUCCUCUUUCAUCUCCCCUCACUAUCCUCUUUCAUCUCCCCUCACUAUCCUCUUCCAUCUCCCCUCACUAUCCUCUUUCAUCUCCCCUCACUAUCCUCCUUCAUCUCCCCUCACUAUCCUCUUUCAUCUCCCCUCACUAUCCUCUUUCAUCUCCCCUCACUAUCCUCUUCCAUCUCCCCUCACUAUCCUCUUUCAUCUCCCCUCACUAUCCUCCUUCAUCUCCCUCACUAUCCUCUUCCAUCUCCCCUCACUAUCCUCUUUCAUCUCCCCUCACUAUCCUCCUUCAUCUCCGCACACUAUCCUCUUCCAUCUCCCCUCACUAUCCUCCUUCAUCUCCCCUCACUAUCCUCUUCCAUCUCCCCUCACUAUCCUCUUUCAUCUCCCCUCACUAUCCUCUUUCAUCUCCGCACACUAUCCUCUUCCAUCUCCCCUCACUAUCCUCUUUCAUCUCCCCUCACUAUCCUCUUUCAUCUCCCCUCACUAUCCUCUUCCAUCUCCCCUCACUAUCCUCUUUCAUCUCCCCUCACUAUCCUCUUCCAUCUCCCCUCACUAUCCUCCUUCAUCUCCGCACACUAUCCUCCUUCAUCUCCGCUCACUAUCCUCUUCCAUCUCCCCUCACUAUCCUCCUUCAUCUCCCCUCACUAUCCUCUUUCAUCUCCCCUCACUAUCCUCUUUCAUCUCCCCUCACUAUCCUCCUUCAUCUCCCCUCACUAUCCUCUUCCAUCUCCCCUCGCUAUCCUCUUCCAUCUCCCCUCACUAUCCUCUUCCAUCUCCCUUCACUAUCCUCUUUCAUUCUCCCCUCACUAUCCUCUUCCAUCUCCCCUCACUAUCCUCUUUCAUCUCCCCUCACUAUCCUCUUUCAUGUCCCCUCACUAUCCUCCUUCAUCUCCCCUCACUAUCCUCUUUCAUCUCCCCUCACUAUCCUCUUCAUCUCCCCUCACUAUCCUCUUUCAUCUCCCCUCACUAUCCUCUUUCAUCUCCCCUCACUAUCCUCUUUCCAUCUCCCCUCACUAUCCUCUUCAUCUCCCCUCACUAUCCUCUUCAUCUCCCCUCACUAUCCUCUUCCAUCUCCCCUCACUAUCCUCUUUCAUCUCCCCUCACUAUCCUCCUUCAUCUCCGCACACUAUCCUCUUCCAUCUCCCCUCACUAUCCUCUUUCAUCUCCCCUCACUAUCCUCUUUCAUCUCCCCUCACUAUCCUCUUUCAUCUCCCCUCACUAUCCUCUUUCAUCUCCCCUCACUAUCCUCUUUCAUCUCCCCUCACUAUCCUCUUUCAUCUCCCCUCACUAUCCUCUUUCAUUUCCCCUCACUAUCCUCUUUCAUCUCCCUCACUAUCCUCUUCAUCUCCCCUCACUAUCCUCUUCAUCUCCCUCACUAUCCUCCUUCAUCUCCCUCACUAUCCUCUUUCAUCUCCCCUCACUAUCCUCUUUCAUCUCCCCUCACUAUCCUCUUUCAUCUCCCCUCACUAUCCUCUUUCAUCUCCCCUCACUAUCCUCUUUCAUCUCCCCUCACUAUCCUCUUCAUCUCCCCUCACUAUCCUCCUUCAUCUCCCCUCACUAUCCUCUUCCAUCUCCCCUCACUAUCCUCUUUCAUCUCCCCUCACUAUCCUCCUUCAUCUCCGCACACUAUCCUCUUCCAUCUCCCCUCACUAUCCUCCUUCAUCUCCCCUCACUAUCCUCUUCCAUCUCCCCUCACUAUCUUCUUUCAUCUCCCCUCACUAUCCUCCUUCAUCUCUGCACACUAUCCUCUUUCAUCUCCCCUCACUAUCCUCUUCCAUCUCCCCUCACUAUCCUCUUUCAUCUCCCCUCACUAUCCUCUUUCAUCUCCCCUCACUAUCCUCCUUCAUCUCCCCUCACUAUCCUCUUUCAUCUCCCCUCACUAUCCUCCUUCAUCUCCCCUCACUAUCCUCUUUCAUCUCCCCUCACUAUCCUCUUCCAUCUCCCCUCACUAUCCUCUUUCAUCUCCCCUCACUAUCCUCUUUCAUCUCCCCUCACUAUCCUCUUUCAUCUCCCCUCACUAUCCUCUUUCAUCUCCCCUCACUAUCCUCUUUCAUCUCCCCUCACUAUCCUCCUUCAUCUCCCCUCACUAUCCUCCUUCAUCUCCCCUCACUAUCCUCCUUCAUCUCCCCUCACUAUCCUCUUUCAUCUCCCCUCACUAUCCUCCUUCAUCUCCCCUCACUAUCCUCUUCCAUCUCCCCUCACUAUCCUCCUUCAUCUCCGCUCACUAUCCUCUUCCAUCUCCCCUCACUAUCCUCCUUCAUCUCCCCGCACUAUCCUCUUUCAUCUCCCCUCACUAUCCUCUUUCAUCUCCCCUCACUAUCCUCCUUCAUCUCCCCUCACUAUCCUCUUCCAUCUCCCCUCGCUAUCCUCUUCCAUCUCCCCUCACUAUCCUCUUCCAUCUCCCUUCACUAUCCUCUUUCAUCUCCCCUCACUAUCCUCUUCCAUCUCCCCUCACUAUCCUCUUUCAUCUCCCCUCACUAUCCUCUUUCAUGUCCCCUCACUAUCCUCCUUCAUCUCCCCUCACUAUCCUCUUUCAUCUCCCCUCACUAUCCUCUUUCAUCUCCCCUCACUAUCCUCUUUCAUCUCCCCUCACUAUCCUCUUUCAUCUCCCCUCACUAUCCUCUUUCAUCUCCCCUCACUAUCCUCUUCCAUCUCCCCUCACUAUCCUCCUUCAUCUCCCCUCACUAUCCUCUUCCAUCUCCCCUCACUAUCCUCUUUCAUCUCCCCUCACUAUCCUCCUUCAUCUCCGCACACUAUCCUCUUCCAUCUCCCCUCACUAUCCUCUUUCAUCUCCCCUCACUAUCCUCUUUCAUCUCCCCUCACUAUCCUCUUCCAUCUCCCCUCACUAUCCUCUUUCAUCUCCCCUCACUAUCCUCUUCCAUCUCCCCUCACUAUCCUCCUUCAUCUCCGCACACUAUCCUCCUUCAUCUCCGCUCACUAUCCUCUUCCAUCUCCCCUCACUAUCCUCCUUCAUCUCCCCUCACUAUCCUCUUUCAUCUCCCCUCACUAUCCUCUUUCAUCUCCCCUCACUAUCCUCUUUCAUCUCCCCUCACUAUCCUCCUUCAUCUCCCCUCACUAUCCUCUUCCAUCUCCCCUCACUAUCCUCUUCCAUCUCCCCUCACUAUCCUCUUCCAUCUCCCUUCACUAUCCUCUUUCAUCUCCCCUCACUAUCCUCUUCCAUCUCCCCUCACUAUCCUCUUUCAUCUCCCCUCACUAUCCUCUUUCAUGUCCCCUCACUAUCCUCCUUCAUCUCCCCUCACUAUCCUCUUUCAUCUCCCCUCACUAUCCUCUUUCAUCUCCCCUCACUAUCCUCUUUCAUCUCCCCUCACUAUCCUCUUUCAUCUCCCCUCACUAUCCUCUUUCAUCUCCCCUCACUAUCCUCUUUCAUCUCCCCUCACUAUCCUCUUUCAUUUCCCCUCACUAUCCUCUUUCAUCUCCCCUCACUAUCCUCUUUCAUCUCCCCUCACUAUCCUCCUUCAUCUCCCCUCACUAUCCUCCUUCAUCUCCCCUCACUAUCCUCUUUCAUCUCCCCUCACUAUCCUCUUUCAUCUCCCCUCACUAUCCUCUUCCAUCUCCCCUCACUAUCCUCUUUCAUCUCCCCUCACUAUCCUCCUUCAUCUCCCCUCACUAUCCUCUUUCAUCUCCCCUCACUAUCCUCCUUCAUCUCCCCUCACUAUCCUCUUCCAUCUCCCCUCACUAUCCUCUUUCAUCUCCCCUCACUAUCCUCCUUCAUCUCCGCACACUAUCCUCUUCCAUCUCCCCUCACUAUCCUCCUUCAUCUCCCCUCACUAUCCUCUUCCAUCUCCCCUCACUAUCCUCUUUCAUCUCCCCUCACUAUCCUCCUUCAUCUCCCCUCACUAUCCUCUUUCAUCUCCCCUCACUAUCCUCUUUCAUCUCCCCUCACUAUCCUCCUUCAUCUCCCCUCACUAUCCUCUUCCAUCUCCCCUCACUAUCCUCUUCCAUCUCCCCUCACUAUCCUCUUCCAUCUCCUUCACUAUCCUCUUUCAUCUCCCCUCACUAUCCUCUUCCAUCUCCCCUCACUAUCCUCUUUCAUCUCCCCUCACUAUCCUCUUUCAUGUCCCCUCACUAUCCUCCUUCAUCUCCCCUCACUAUCCUCUUUCAUCUCCCCUCACUAUCCUCUUUCAUCUCCCCUCACUAUCCUCUUUCAUCUCCCCUCACUAUCCUCUUUCAUCUCCCCUCACUAUCCUCUUUCAUCUCCCCUCACUAUCCUCUUUCAUCUCCCCUCACUAUCCUCUUUCAUUUCCCCUCACUAUCCUCUUUCAUCUCCCCUCACUAUCCUCUUUCAUCUCCCCUCACUAUCCUCCUUCAUCUCCCCUCACUAUCCUCCUUCAUCUCCCCUCACUAUCCUCUUUCAUCUCCCCUCACUAUCCUCUUUCAUCUCCCCUCACUAUCCUCUUCCAUCUCCCCUCACUAUCCUCUUUCAUCUCCCCUCACUAUCCUCCUUCAUCUCCCCUCACUAUCCUCUUUCAUCUCCCCUCACUAUCCUCCUUCAUCUCCCCUCACUAUCCUCUUCCAUCUCCCCUCACUAUCCUCUUUCAUCUCCCCUCACUAUCCUCCUUCAUCUCCGCACACUAUCCUCUUCCAUCUCCCCUCACUAUCCUCCUUCAUCUCCCCUCACUAUCCUCUUCCAUCUCCCCUCACUAUCCUCUUUCAUCUCCCCUCACUAUCCUCCUUCAUCUCCCCUCACUAUCCUCUUUCAUCUCCCCUCACUAUCCUCUUUCAUCUCGCCUCACUAUCCUCUUCCAUCUCCCCUCACUAUCCUCUUUCAUCUCCCCUCACUAUCCUCCUUCAUCUCCCCUCACUAUCCUCUUCCAUCUCCCCUCACUAUCCUCUUUCAUCUCCCCUCACUAUCCUCCUUCAUCUCCGCACACUAUCCUCUUCCAUCUCCCCUCACUAUCCUCCUUCAUCUCCCCUCACUAUCCUCCUUCAUCUCCCCUCACUAUCCUCUUCCAUCUCCCCUCACUAUCCUCUUCCAUCUCCCCUCACUAUCCUCUUCCAUCUCCCUUCACUAUCCUCUUUCAUCUCCCCUCACUAUCCUCUUCCAUCUCCCCUCACUAUCCUCUUUCAUCUCCCCUCACUAUCCUCUUUCAUGUCCCCUCACUAUCCUCCUUCAUCUCCCCUCACUAUCCUCUUUCAUCUCCCCUCACUAUCCUCUUUCAUCUCCCCUCACUAUCCUCUUUCAUCUCCCCUCACUAUCCUCUUUCAUCUCCCCUCACUAUCCUCUUUCAUCUCCCCUCACUAUCCUCUUUCAUCUCCCCUCACUAUCCUCUUUCAUUUCCCCUCACUAUCCUCUUUCAUCUCCCCUCACUAUCCUCCUUCAUCUCCCCUCACUAUCCUCUUCCAUCUCCCCUCACUAUCCUCUUUCAUCUCCCCUCACUAUCCUCCUUCAUCUCCGCACACUAUCCUCUUCCAUCUCCCCUCACUAUCCUCUUUCAUCUCCCCUCACUAUCCUCUUUCAUCUCCCCUCACUAUCCUCUUCCAUCUCCCCUCACUAUCCUCUUUCAUCUCCCCUCACUAUCCUCUUUCAUCUCCCCUCACUAUCCUCUUUCAUCUCCCCUCACUAUCCUCUUUCAUCUCCCCUCACUAUCCUCUUUCAUUUCCCCUCACUAUCCUCUUUCAUCUCCCCUCACUAUCCUCUUUCAUCUCCCCUCACUAUCCUCCUUCAUCUCCCCUCACUAUCCUCCUUCAUCUCCCCUCACUAUCCUCUUUCAUCUCCCCUCACUAUCCUCUUUCAUCUCCCCUCACUAUCCUCUUCCAUCUCCCCUCACUAUCCUCUUUCAUCUCCCCUCACUAUCCUCCUUCAUCUCCCCUCACUAUCCUCUUUCAUCUCCCCUCACUAUCCUCCUUCAUCUCCCCUCACUAUCCUCUUCCAUCUCCCCUCACUAUCCUCUUUCAUCUCCCCUCACUAUCCUCCUUCAUCUCCGCACACUAUCCUCUUCCAUCUCCCCUCACUAUCCUCCUUCAUCUCCCCUCACUAUCCUCUUCCAUCUCCCCUCACUAUCCUCUUUCAUCUCCCCUCACUAUCCUCCUUCAUCUCUGCACACUAUCCUCUUUCAUCUCCCCUCACUAUCCUCUUCCAUCUCCCCUCACUAUCCUCUUUCAUCUCCCCUCACUAUCCUCUUUCAUGUCCCCUCACUAUCCUCCUUCAUCUCCCCUCACUAUCCUCUUUCAUCUCCCCUCACUAUCCUCUUUCAUCUCCCCUCACUAUCCUCUUUCAUCUCCCCUCACUAUCCUCUUUCAUCUCCCCUCACUAUCCUCCUUCAUCUCCCCUCACUAUCCUCCUUCAUCUCCCCUCACUAUCCUCCUUCAUCUCCCCUCACUAUCCUCUUUCAUCUCCCCUCACUAUCCUCUUUCAUCUCCCCUCACUAUCCUCUUCCAUCUCCCCUCACUAUCCUCUUUCAUCUCCCCUCACUAUCCUCCUUCAUCUCCCCUCACUAUCCUCUUUCAUCUCCCCUCACUAUCCUCUUUCAUCUCCCCUCACUAUCCUCUUCCAUCUCCCCUCACUAUCCUCUUUCAUCUCCCCUCACUAUCCUCCUUCAUCUCCCCUCACUAUCCUCUUCCAUCUCCCCUCACUAUCCUCUUUCAUCUCCCCUCACUAUCCUCCUUCAUCUCCGCACACUAUCCUCUUCCAUCUCCCCUCACUAUCCUCCUUCAUCUCCCCUCACUAUCCUCUUCCAUCUCCCCUCACUAUCCUCUUUCAUCUCCCCUCACUAUCCUCUUUCAUCUCCGCACACUAUCCUCUUCCAUCUCCCCUCACUAUCCUCUUUCAUCUCCCCUCACUAUCCUCUUUCAUCUCCCCUCACUAUCCUCUUCCAUCUCCCCUCACUAUCCUCUUUCAUCUCCCCUCACUAUCCUCUUCCAUCUCCCCUCACUAUUCUCCUUCAUCUCCGCACACUAUCCUCCUUCAUCUCCGCUCACUAUCCUCUUCCAUCUCCCCUCACUAUCCUCCUUCAUCUCCCCUCACUAUCCUCUUUCAUCUCCCCUCACUAUCCUCUUUCAUCUCCCCUCACUAUCCUCCUUCAUCUCCCCUCACUAUCCUCUUCCAUUUCCCCUCGCUAUCCUCUUCCAUCUCCCCUCACUAUCCUCUUCCAUCUCCCUUCACUAUCCUCUUUCAUCUCCCCUCACUAUCCUCUUCCAUCUCCCCUCACUAUCCUCUUUCAUCUCCCCUCGCUAUCCUCUUUCAUGUCCCCUCACUAUCCUCCUUCAUCUCCCCUCACUAUCCUCUUUCAUCUCCCCUCACUAUCCUCUUUCAUCUCCCCUCACUAUCCUCUUUCAUCUCCCCUCACUAUCCUCUUUCAUCUCCCCUCACUAUCCUCUUUCAUCUCCCCUCACUAUCCUCCGUCAUCUCCCCUCACUAUCCUCUUCCAUCUCCCCUCACUAUCCUCUUUCAUCUCCCCUCACUAUCCUCCUUCAUCUCCGCACACUAUCCUCUUCCAUCUCCCCUCACUAUCCUCCUUCAUCUCCCCUCACUAUCCUCUUCCAUCUCCCCUCACUAUCCUCUUUCAUCUCCCCUCACUAUCCUCCUUCAUCUCCGCACACUAUCCUCUUCCAUCUCCCCUCACUAUCCUCUUUCAUCUCCCCUCACUAUCCUCUUUCAUCUCCCCUCACUAUCCUCUUCCAUCUCCCCUCACUAUCCUCUUUCAUCUCCCCUCACUAUCCUCUUCCAUCUCCCCUCACUAUCCUCCUUCAUCUCCGCACACUAUCCUCCUUCAUCUCCGCUCACUAUCCUCUUCCAUCUCCCCUCACUAUCCUCCUUCAUCUCCCCUCACUAUCCUCUUUCAUCUCCCCUCACUAUCCUCUUUCAUCUCCCCUCACUAUCCUCUUUCAUCUCCCCUCACUAUCCUCCUUCAUCUCCCCUCACUAUCCUCUUCCAUCUCCCCUCACUAUCCUCUUCCAUCUCCCCUCACUAUCCUCUUCCAUCUCCCUUCACUAUCCUCUUUCAUCUCCCCUCACUAUCCUCUUCCAUCUCCCCUCACUAUCCUCUUUCAUCUCCCCUCACUAUCCUCUUUCAUGUCCCCUCACUAUCCUCCUUCAUCUCCCCUCACUAUCCUCUUUCAUCUCCCCUCACUAUCCUCUUUCAUCUCCCCUCACUAUCCUCUUUCAUCUCCCCUCACUAUCCUCUUUCAUCUCCCCUCACUAUCCUCUUUCAUCUCCCCUCACUAUCCUCUUUCAUCUCCCCUCACUAUCCUCUUUCAUUUCCCCUCACUAUCCUCUUUCAUCUCCCCUCACUAUCCUCUUUCAUCUCCCCUCACUAUCCUCCUUCAUCUCCCCUCACUGUCCUCCUUCAUCUCCCCUCACUAUCCUCUUUCAUCUCCCCUCACUAUCCUCUUUCAUCUCCCCUCACUAUCCUCUUCCAUCUCCCCUCACUAUCCUCUUUCAUCUCCCCUCACUAUCCUCCUUCAUCUCCCCUCACUAUCCUCUUUCAUCUCCCCUCACUAUCCUCCUUCAUCUCCCCUCACUAUCCUCUUCCAUCUCCCCUCACUAUCCUCUUCCAUCUCCCCUCACUAUCCUCUUUCAUCUCCCCUCACUAUCCUCUUUCAUCUCCCCUCACUAUCCUCUUUCAUCUCCCCUCACUAUCCUCUUUCAUCUCCCCUCACUAUCCUCCUUCAUCUCCCCUCACUAUCCUCCUUCAUCUCCCCUCACUAUCCUCCUUCAUCUCCCCUCACUAUCCUCUUUCAUCUCCCCUCACUAUCCUCUUUCAUCUCCCCUCACUAUCCUCUUCCAUCUCCCCUCACUAUCCUCUUUCAUCUCCCCUCACUAUCCUCCUUCAUCUCCCCUCACUAUCCUCUUUCAUCUCCCCUCACUAUCCUCUUUCAUCUCCCCUCACUAUCCUCUUCCAUCUCCCCUCACUAUCCUCUUUCAUCUCCCCUCACUAUCCUCCUUCAUCUCCCCUCACUAUCCUCUUCCAUCUCCCCUCACUAUCCUCUUUCAUCUCCCCUCACUAUCCUCCUUCAUCUCCGCACACUAUCCUCUUCCAUCUCCCCUCACUAUCCUCUUUCAUCUCCCCUCACUAUCCUCUUUCAUCUCCCCUCACUAUCCUCUUCCAUCUCCCCUCACUAUCCUCUUUCAUCUCCCCUCACUAUCCUCUUCCAUCUCCCCUCACUAUCCUCCUUCAUCUCCGCACACUAUCCUCCUUCAUCUCCGCUCACUAUCCUCUUCCAUCUCCCCUCACUAUCCUCCUUCAUCUCCCCUCACUAUCCUCUUUCAUCUCCCCUCACUAUCCUCUUUCAUCUCCCCUCACUAUCCUCCUUCAUCUCCCCUCACUAUCCUCUUCCAUCUCCCCUCGCUAUCCUCUUCCAUCUCCCCUCACUAUCCUCUUCCAUCUCCCUUCACUAUCCUCUUUCAUCUCCCCUCACUAUCCUCUUCCAUCUCCCCUCACUAUCCUCUUUCAUCUCCCCUGACUAUCCUCUUUCAUGUCCCCUCACUAUCCUCCUUCAUCUCCCCUCACUAUCCUCUUUCAUCUCCCCUCACUAUCCUCUUUCAUCUCCCCUCACUAUCCUCUUUCAUCUCCCCUCACUAUCCUCUUUCAUCUCCCCUCACUAUCCUCUUUCAUCUCCCCUCACUAUCCUCUUUCAUCUCCCCUCACUAUCCUCUUUCAUUUCCCCUCACUAUCCUCUUUCAUCUCCCCUCACUAUCCUCUUUCAUCUCCCCUCACUAUCCUCCUUCAUCUCCCCUCACUAUCCUCCUUCAUCUCCCCUCACUAUCCUCUUUCAUCUCCCCUCACUAUCCUCUUUCAUCUCCCCUUACUAUCCUCUUCCAUCUCCCCUCACUAUCCUCUUUCAUCUCCCCUCACUAUCCUCCUUCAUCUCCCCUCACUAUCCUCUUUCAUCUCCCCUCACUAUCCUCCUUCAUCUCCCCUCACUAUCCUCUUCCAUCUCCCCUCACUAUCCUCUUUCAUCUCCCCUCACUAUCCUCCUUCAUCUCCGCACACUAUCCUCUUCCAUCUCCCCUCACUAUCCUCCUUCAUCUCCCCUCACUAUCCUCUUCCAUCUCCCCUCACUAUCCUCUUUCAUCUCCCCUCACUAUCCUCCUUCAUCUCCGCACACUAUCCUCUUUCAUCUCCCCUCACUAUCCUCUUCCAUCUCCCCUCACUAUCCUCUUUCAUCUCCCCUCACUAUCCUCUUUCAUGUCCCCUCACUAUCCUCCUUCAUCUCCCCUCACUAUCCUCUUUCAUCUCCCCUCACUAUCCUCCUUCAUCUCCCCUCACUAUCCUCUUUCAUCUCCCCUCACUAUCCUCUUCCAUCUCCCCUCACUAUCCUCUUUCAUCUCCCCUCACUAUCCUCUUUCAUCUCCCCUCACUAUCCUCUUUCAUCUCCCCUCACUAUCCUCUUUCAUCUCCCCUCACUAUCCUCCUUCAUCUCCCCUCACUAUCCUCCUUCAUCUCCCCUCACUAUCCUCCUUCAUCUCCCCUCACUAUCCUCUUUCAUCUCCCCUCACUAUCCUCUUUCAUCUCCCCUCACUAUCCUCUUCCAUCUCCCCUCACUAUCCUCUUUCAUCUCCCCUCACUAUCCUCCUUCAUCUCCCCUCACUAUCCUCUUUCAUCUCCCCUCACUAUCCUCCUUCAUCUCCCUUCACUAUCCUCUUCCAUCUCCCCUCACUAUCCUCUUUCAUCUCCCCUCACUAUCCUCCUUCAUCUCCGCACACUAUCCUCUUCCAUCUCCCCUCACUAUCCUCCUUCAUCUCCCCUCACUAUCCUCUUCCAUCUCCCCUCACUUUCCUCUUUCAUCUCCCCUCACUAUCCUCUUUCAUCUCCGCACACUAUCCUCUUCCAUCUCCCCUCACUAUCCUCUUUCAUCUCCCCUCACUAUCCUCUUUCAUCUCCCCUCACUAUCCUCUUCCAUCUCCCCUCACUAUCCUCUUCCAUCUCCCCUCACUAUCCUCCUUCAUCUCCGCACACUAUCCUCCUUCAUCUCCGCUCACUAUCCUCUUCCAUCUCCCCUCACUAUCCUCCUUCAUCUCCCCUCACUAUCCUCUUUCAUCUCCCCUCACUAUCCUCUUUCAUCUCCCCUCACUAUCCUCUUUCAUCUCCCCUCACUAUCCUCCUUCAUCUCCCCUCACUAUCCUCUUUCAUCUCCCCUCACUAUCCUCCUUCAUCUCCCCUCACUAUCCUCUUCCAUCUCCCCUCACUAUCCUCUUUCAUCUCCCCUCACUAUCCUCCUUCAUCUCCGCACACUAUCCUCUUCCAUCUCCCCUCACUAUCCUCUUUCAUCUCCCCUCACUAUCCUCUUUCAUCUCCCCUCACUAUCCUCUUUCAUUUCCCCUCACUAUCCUCUUUCAUCUCCCCUCACUAUCCUCUUUCAUCUCCCCUCACUAUCCUCUUCCAUCUCCCCACCCCUACAUUGUUUCUUUUGACGUGUCCCACUUUGUGCCAAGCCGACCCUCCCCUGCCGCAAUCAAAGCUGUGAUGCAGGUGUGCGGGGGUUAG